UGAAAGACUUGUCCGCUUUUAUUUUCGGCUCAGAUGGGCGCCUGCCUGGGAUCGUCUCUUGCUCUCCGCCACAUCAGGAUUCACAGGCUGUCCUCUUUGCCUUUUGAGCGUGCCCAGUAAGAACUGUUAACUGAACUGGGCAGUAUGAAAUUUUAAUCUAGACAACCAGACGGAGAUGGAGUGCUUCGUCUCCACACUGCCAUGUGCUUUUGAGGCUGCGGAGGAGUAGAGAGAGGGAGAGAGAGAGAGAGAGAGCCUUGGGGACCAGAGGAGGGGCCUCUUGGAGAACCACAACCACAUAGCUGGUUUGGACUCACAUCUGCUUUGCUUGACACGCUGUCGUGUUCACUCCGAAGCUAUCCACAACUGGAAUGUAGCUCUGUUGCUUAUAAGUGGCCGCACCAGAUCGGGAUUGGCCCUGAUGGUCACAAGGACCCCUCUCCACCUCUUUUCAGCCAAUCCUGGAGGGGCUGCAGAGCCGAUGUCUCAGAGGGCGAGAGGGUAUUUGUGUUCCGGAGUCCUGAGGAGACAAGCCACAUCACGAUAAAUGGAGGAGAAGGAGCGAUGUAGGAGCAGGUCUCCGGCUCGGGGGGCCAGUCGGGUGCAGCAGGUGGUGGGAACAAUAAUACGUCGCACCCGUGAGUCGCUUAGCAGAGAGCGGUUGCUAGGCGAUGGGCGGUCGCAGCGCUCCAACAGUCUGUCCAACCAGAACUUCCAGGCCAAGCUGACACUGCAGAUCACCAGGGACCCGGUCCUGGACAGCAGCACUGGACAUGGCUUCACGCUCACCAGAAACACACCCCUGCUGGUCAGGGACAUCGCCACAGGGAGUCCUGCAGAUGGGAUACUGUACCUUGGGGACCAUGUGGUGCAGAUUAAUGAUACAGUGCUUGAGGAUUUGAGUGCCGAGCAGGUGGAAGAAAUCCUAAGGGACUUGGACGAUUGUAUCACAGUGACUAUUCUGCGGCACAUGACAAAUCCCAAGUCAUCGAUCAUGUCAGCAGAGAAGAGAGCUCGUCUGAGGAAUAAUCCAGUAAAAGUGCGCUUUGCAGAGGAGGUGGUGGUCAACGGGCACACUCAGGGAAACUCUCUUCUCUUCCUGCCCAAUGUCCUAAAGGUUUAUUUAGAGAAUGGACAGACCAAGGCCUUCAAGUUUGAUAAUGCCACCACUGUCAAGGACAUUGUUCUAACUCUGAAGGAUAAACUGUCCAUCCGGGCCAUUGAGUACUUUGCCCUGGUGCUGGAGCAACAGUACAGCAUCACCAAACUACUGCUGCUGCACGAGGACGAAUUUAUACAGAAGGUGGUGCAGAAAAAAGACUCCCAUGAUUACCGAUGUUUGUUCAGGGUGUGUUUCAUGCCCAGAGACCCCAUGGACCUGCUGCAGGAUGACCCCUCGACCUUUGAGUACCUCUUUUUACAGAGUGUCGGGGACGUGCUGCAGGAGCGUUUUGCAGUGGAGAUGAAGUGUAACACUGCACUUCGCCUGGCAGCGCUGCACAUGCACGAGAGACUGGAUAGUUGUGGACAAACCAGGACGUCUAUCAAGAGUAUUACAAAGGAGUUCGGCCUGAACAGUUUCAUCUCUCCAACGCUGCUGAGCAACAUGAGGGAGAAGGACUUGAGGAAAGCCAUCAGCUACCACCUCAAAAAGAUCCAGUCCCUGCUAGAGCCACGCCAGAAGGUAAUAUCUGCUGCUCAGGCUCGGUUGGCAUACCUCACUCAGCUGGGAGAGCUCAUUUCAUAUGGAGGACGAUCGUACACAGCUACGAUGAUGCUUCAAGACAGGGAGGUGUUGGUCAGCCUGCUGGUUGGAGCCAAGUAUGGAAUGAGUCAGGUCAUCAACCACAAGCUCAAUGUGAUCACUACAUUGGUCGAGUUCAGCAGCAUCAGCCGUGUGGAGUUGCUCACAGAGUCCGACAAAGUCUGCCUACUGCGCAUCUCACUGCACGACAUGAAGCCAUUUGCCUUACUGAUGGACUCUCUGGCAGCCAAAGACUUAGGGUGUCUGCUGGGAGGCUACUGCAAACUCCUGGUGGAUCCCAGUGUCAAUGUCUUCCGUCUGGGGCGCCCAAAAGUGAGGGUGCACCGUAUUCCUGCUGAAGAAGGUGUGUGUGGGAAGUUCGCCGUAGUAGAGGGCGUGUGCUAUGAAUCCCUAUCAAGUUAUGUGUCUCGCUGCUGUAGUGACUCAGAUGACUCAACAGAUGAGGAUGACCCAAUGGAUUCACAGAAUUACAAACGUUCAGACCCUGCAAGUCAGGACUGGGAAGAAAGGAGGAGAGAGGAGGAAGAAAAGAGGAAAGAAGAAGAAAGAGAAGAGAGAGAGGAGCACAAAGGCAAGCAGGAAGUUAAGAUAAUAGUGACAACAGAAGGUAAAGAAAAUGAGGGUGAAGAGGAAGGAGGAGCAACAGGAAACGCUCGACGUAAAUUUAGUAUUAUGGAUGAGGAAAUGAACCUGGAGACCAGCUGGUAUCACACUGACCCACGGGUCACCAGCAGCUUCUCCAGCUUGUCCAGUGGCUCCUUGAGUGCUGCACUAGAGGAGAGCACUGCCGCAACUAAAGCCCAAUCUCGCAUGGAUGCACUCCGUGGACAACGCACAGUCGAGGACCUACCAAGCUUGGACGUUCACCACCCCUACCUCCUAGAGCCAAAACGCCACCAGGGCCCUCUGCGACCCACCAACCUCAAUUAUCGUGGCAAUGACAACUCUUGCCUUUGCUAUGCUGAUCUCUCCAAGGCUGAUUUCCUGCCUAGUCCACCUGAAGCUACCAGUGAUGAUGAUGAUGAUGAUGAUGACGAAGAAGUGGAAGAGCAAGGAGUGAAGGAACUCAGGCGCAUUUCCAAGAUUCCUAGCUCAAGAGAUUUGAGAAUGAUUGACAGCACACCAUUUCAAAGAUCACCAAUAAGAAGAAAGAAAAAGAUACCUCCCAAAGUCCCGCAAAGGACGAGUUCAAUUCCCGGGAACAAAGCAGAACAGGCGGAGCAGCGCCUCUCCAAGGAUGAAGAGGGUCUAUUCCUGACACCUUCACCCAACCCUAAGCCAGCUCUUUUGGUCAAAGAGACUGCCUCAGAGUCUGAGGAUGAGUUUUUUGAUGCACAUGAGAGGUUUACUCCACCAGUUCCAGAUCUAUCAGAUGCUGAACUGGCUGACCGGCAAAAUGCUAAUCGGUUGAGUGGCACCUGGAAUGGUGUUCCAGCUGCCCGAGGGAAAGAGCCCCUUGCCAAUAAAGCCCAAUCCUCUAAAAUAAAGAAGGAAGUGGAGACACUUAAAGGACCCACGGAUCAGCUUAUCAACCAACAACCCAAAGCACCAAAGCCAUCACAAAAACCUGAAAUUAAAGUCAAACCACCAUUGGCACCUAAGCCUCAGCUGCCUCCCAAACCUCAGAUCAUUCCUCCCAAGUCCCCCCAGCAUGGGAGAUCAUAUGCCCACUGCAAUGGAGACGCCUCUGGACGUCUGUCAUCUGAACUUUUGGAAAUGGAGCCAGACACCAUGGAGUUCAAGUCUGUCACAUCUGGGGCAGGUGGAUUGCCUCUUUCAUCACCUCUGAUCACAGCAGUGAGGUGCAGCAAGCAACCUCUACCGAUCACAACACCGCAAACUGAGGAAAAGACGAAGAGGCAGGUAAACAUCACAAAGCAGAAUAAAGAUCUGACACAUGAGAAUGGGGCACAUGUGAUUUGCAAACACAAAGCAAACAUUCCUGAUACAAAGGAAACUGCUAAAGUUGAGGGGCAAACCAAUGGGACUACCCUUUCUUCAAAGAAACCACCAAACCUACCCCCUAUCCUUCUCUCUAAUUCAGGUAUAAAACUAGUUAUCCCCCCUCCUGUUCCCCCAAAACCUACGUCUCCCACUAAUCUUCACCCCUUGUCACUACCUGCUAGCUCUCCUGUUUCCCCUACUGAUCCAAGCAAAGGGAUCUUCAAGGAAAGCAUAAAUUCACCAAAUGGAAUCCAUCCCUGGAGCAGCCGCAAUGGCAGCAUCCAGUCAGGACCCCGGAGGGUCUCUCUGAGCCAUGAGAGCCUGUCACCCAAAAAUACAGAUGCAUCUCUCACACUAACCACCUCCCUCACCUCAACUAACUCUAAAGAUGAAGAGAACAGAGAACAUGGAAGAUCAGGAUCAGGAUCAGACCUGAGGACCAGCUCCUCCAGCCUGGGAGGCAGGCUGCCAGCAUCAGCCCUGAGAGGGAAAAUCCAGGCGCUGCCUUGGUACAUGACCCGUUCCCAGGAGAUUUUGGGAACUCUGGACUAUCCCUCCACAAGCUCCAUCAAUGGAGACACAUCUGGCUUUGGCUCUGGUUUGUCUGUAGCCAGUGGUUUAUCCGACCUGAACAAGACCCCUGUCAAGGAAACAGAGACUGUGGCCUCAAAAACAGGAGGCAAAGGGAACAUUUUAGAGGAUGGAGCUGAGGUUGUUAUAGCCACCAUCAAAGAGGCCCAGGACGUGACCUCACAUAUGAAAAAGGCCAAUGGGACAAAUGGCUCACACCCUAAUCUGACUUUAAAAGAGAAUGGUACACACAGUGGUAGUGUUUCAUCAGAGCAGCCUCAGUCACGGGCCCACUCAGCCGUGGGGUUGGGAGGUGUGUCCAGCAUGCAAAUCGGUGGGGACUCACCAACCUCAUCACUCGCAGACAGUACUCCACCAGAGCAGCACCGGGAGGCUUGUGGCUGUCGCACCGUUUACGCCAACUGUUUCAGUGGAGACACUGAGGAUGGUGUUAGUUUUGAUGAGGAGCUCACCAUUUAUGAGUUCUCCCGCCGCACACGGCCCAAACCCGCACGACAGCCACCUGUCCCUUCUCCUACAAUUCCUCCUCCAAACCCCAAUAUUUUGUCUCUGCUGCGAGACAACCCCCGCCCACUCUCUACUUUUUCAACUGCCUCCUCUGAAAUUAGUCCCUUAGUUUCACGUCCAGUUUCCCCCACGACCUCUUUUGGUGGUCCUCUUCGUUCUCUCACCAACAAAAAUUAUGGCGGGCUGAAGGGAGGAUUUGCCUCCCUUCGUCAAGAUAUAGAUCAACUUCUGCUGGUCUUAGAGUGCGAAGCACUUGAGCAACCACAACAAACAAUAUAUCAAGACUCAAAGCAGGAUAUCACAGGCAUAAAAGUAGAACCUGACCUCAAUCAUAAUGGAAAUGAAGGCAGUACUACCCCAGCACCUGGCCCAAACUGUACUGGGGCAAGCCCUGUCACCAUGACAGAGGCUGAAAGGAGUCUUCUCCAGGCAGAGGCUCGACGGCUAGCAUCUGGGUGUCAGCGGGCCACGCGUGUGGGCUGGGCUCCUGAUGAAGCCUUACGUUCCUUAUCCAACAGCUUCAGUGCUCUGGUUCAGUUGUCUGCUGCCUGCCUGCGAACAAACCCCUGCUCUGGCUGUGACAUUUGCCAUAAUGCGAGUCUGGUCCUCGGGGAUGAGGACAGUGACGGUCAGGAGGCCAAGGAAAAGCUAAAGGAGAUAGUGGGUCUGUACAGGGAGUUUGUUGUGGCUGUUGAGACAGCUGGAACUGGUGCUGCGAGUAAGAGUGUGGGCCUCACUGGGUCUGGACAGGGUCAGGGGGAGAGUGACGGGGUGAGGCUACUGGCCAAACGCUGCACUGUGCUCAUCUCCUCCGUAUUCGCACUCACACAGCUCUUCCGGACACGCACACUAGACUCCUCGGAGACGCCUGGCCACGUACCUCUCAACUUUUGACCUGUGAACUUUUACCCACUAAUAAGCCACUGACUCUGGAGGCGAGACAAGAUGAAGCAGCACAGAGUGAACUGGUGUGUGACCCCUGUGUUCUUGUACAGUAAGUGCCAUGCACACCACAGCACACAGACAUAAACCCACAUCACACAUACCCACAUGGAAACCACACACCAAACAAAACCCGAAACAAAGAGAGGAGAAUUCAUUGCUUGGACUCUUGUUGGACGCAUAUGGACUAUGCAUUUGUACAUAUGAAUUUUAUAAGUAUAUUAUAAUUAUCUUAUUUUAUGAUACAAUGUGUAUGUAUGUAAGGAUGAAUUACCCAUGUAUGUAUUUAUGUAUUUAUUUUUACAAUAUUUGCACCAUGGUCUGUGGUUUGCAGAUCUCUGGUAAAAAAAACAACUAAACUAUGGAUGUCACUGGAAUUUUUAUUUUUCCUUCUCUUUGAGACAGUGUUGUUAUCUUUUGCUGCUUUAAAGAUUUCUCCACUCGAUAAGGUGUAAUCUGUAAAUUGUCAUUUUCAAGUUUUUAACUACUGUACGUUUUACUGACAAAGUGCUGAAAAUAUACUUUAUCACACUACAGUGAUGACUAAUUUGUUUUGUAUUUGCAGGGAUCACAACUUUUUAAGGAUUUAGUUUUUCAACAUUGCAGUCGCAUUUCAAUUGGAUAUAAAACCAUACCAUUACAAAGCAGGGAGAGCACUUUUGACUGUUACAGAUUGCACCUUUUUAUGAGACACAUACCCUUGUGUAAAGUGUUUUUUCUACCCCUUUGCCCUGACUGACUCUGACUGAAUGCUUCUUGGAAACUACCCAAACGUAUGCAGUAUUAUACCAUUAAUCUAGUUUUCAUCCAAAGGACACUACAUAUAUAUUUUCUGGGAAUGUGGGGAUCGGGCCUCUGAGGCAAAACAGGGGAUCUUAUUUCUUUAGUCAAAAAUGUUUGAAAAGUUUUUGACUUGGCACAAGUGUGACUGUUAAACUCUGUCCAGAUGUAGCAAAGAUCCAAAGUCUUUAAACACUGAGCCACAACUGUUCCCCACUAUGCUUUCCUCUUUGGGUACACCACCCUAUUAAUAACUGACAGAUGGACUGACUGCUGUGGGCCGGGGUCAGUACUUAUACUAUAUGUGUCUGUGUCCUGUUCCCUACCUUAGUUUAUGGCUAUGCAAACAUAACACCCCCCCCUCCCCAUUUACUGUAUUUUGAUUAUUUGUACAUUAAAAAACAACACAAGCUACAUUAUGUUUGUCUGAAUAUAAUGUAGGUGCUUUCUUUGUUGGGAAUGUUGGCUUUUGUCUUGUUUCGGGAAAACUCUGCAUUAUGGAUUGCAACAUUCUGCAACGUUGCAUGGCAAUAGCAUUUGUCAAUAUUAGGACUCCUGUCUAUACUGAUGUCUGUGAAUUGUCAGUUAAAGGAUCACACUUGCUCGAUCAGCUCGCCGAUGUACAGUGUUCACUUAUCAGCUCGUCCAUAUCACACGAUGCCAGAUCAUUUAAUGAGCCAUCCGAUUUUAAGGAUUUACUCGAGGCACCUACGACAACAGGAAGGUAAUUAAGCCAAAUCAGACAGCAAUUGCUCCUACAAAUAUAAUAAGUGGAUUAGCUGAAAUAAAGACAGCUUAAGUUUUCAGAGGCAGCUGGUGAGGAGAUAGGUAGAAUUUCUAAUCUUCCAAAUUAGAUGACUGAGGGAAUUUUUGUCAAGGUGGCUGAUUGAGAAAAAGAAAGGUGAGUUUAUAGUUGCCAAGGAGGUAGUGUCCAUCAUAGCACUAAUAUCAAGACAUACUGUAUGUCUCAGGAACAUCUCCACUUGUCAAACAAACAGGCCCAAAUAGUGCAGAGUGCCUGUGUCACAUCUUUGUUUUGUCGCCGUAUGCUUAAAUUGUGUCAGCAGCAUUUCUUAAUCAAAGAGGACAUUGUGUUUCUACAUGAGCAGUCACUUUUUUCGGACCCACAUACAAUGAAGUCGAUGUACCAAGAAUUGUAUUGUCUGGGAAUAAAUUACACACUGACCUUAA